GCCAUUUAGCUGCUUUCUUAACAAAAAGAUAAACAUGUCGAACCGGGCAUAAAAACCAUUUGUACCUUACUAUCACUUCAUCCAUGCAUUGGGCCCACGAGGAGCCGCAUUUGUGUUUACAUGUAUUAGCCGCUGCUAGCUAGGUUGUUAUCGCAGCUGAGCUAGCCGCGUGAUGCGUGGCUAGCCAACAGGAGGUUCUGUUCGGUUUACAACCAAACUCUACCGCUGCUGUAUGCUUCCCGGUUCUGAAGAGUGUUCACAGUCAGGGGUGCAGGUUCAUUUGGGGGCGAAGCUUUCUGUUCCACAACGAUUUAGCUGGUCACCAUGGCGACGGACGUGGGCUCCCCCCAGCGGUUCUUCCACAUGCCACGGUUCCAGCACCAGGCUCCCCGACAGGUGUUCUACAAAAGGCCUGACUUUGCCCAGCAGCAGGCCAUGCAGCAGCUCACUUUUGAUGGGAAACGCAUGAGGAAGGCUGUGAACCGCAAGACCAUUGAUUACAACCCCUCCGUCAUCAGACACCUUCAGAAUCGUCUUUGGCAGAGAGACCACAGAGACCUUAGAGCCAUCCAGCCUGAUGCCGGCUGCUACAAUGAUCUCGUCCCUCCAAUCGGGAUGCAAAACAACCCUAUGAACGCCGUCACCACAAAGUUUGUCCGGACCUCCACCAAUAAGGUCAAAUGUCCCGUGUUUGUAAUCAGGUGGACUCCUGAGGGCCGCCGGCUGGUGACCGGGGCCUCCAGUGGAGAGUUCACUCUGUGGAACGGGCUUACCUUCAACUUUGAGACCAUCUUACAGGCUCAUGACAGUCCAGUGCGGGCCAUGACCUGGUCUCACAACGACAUGUGGAUGCUGACGGCGGACCACGGUGGCUACGUGAAGUACUGGCAGUCCAACAUGAACAACGUCAAGAUGUUCCAGGCACACAAGGAGGCCAUUAGAGAAGCCAGCUUCUCUCCGACGGACAACAAGUUUGCCACAUGCUCAGAUGACGGCACUGUUCGAAUCUGGGACUUCCUGCGCUGUCACGAGGAGAGAAUUCUCAGAGGUCAUGGCGCUGAUGUGAAGUGCGUGGACUGGCAUCCCACCAAAGGCCUGGUGGUGUCAGGCAGCAAGGACAGCCAGCAGCCCAUUAAGUUCUGGGACCCCAAAACGGGACAAAGUUUGGCCACACUCCAUGCCCACAAGAAUACAGUGAUGGAGGUGAAGUGGAACCUGAACGGGAACUGGCUUCUGACGGCAUCCCGCGAUCACCUCUGCAAGCUGUUCGACAUCAGGAACCUGAAGGAGGAGCUGCAGGUGUUCAGAGGGCACAAAAAGGAGGCCACAGCGGUUGCCUGGCAUCCCGUUCAUGAGGGUCUAUUCGCCAGCGGAGGCUCUGAUGGCUCGCUGCUCUUCUGGCACACUGGGGUGGAGAAGGAGGUGGGAGGCAUGGAGAUGGCCCAUGAGGGGAUGAUCUGGAGUCUGGCCUGGCACCCGCUGGGUCACAUCCUGUGCUCCGGCUCCAACGACCACACCAGUAAAUUCUGGACUAGAAACCGGCCCGGAGACAAGAUGAGGGACAGGUACAACCUGAACCUGCUUCCAGGGAUGUCAGAGGACGGUGUGGAGUACGAUGACGUGGAGCCCAACAGCAUGGCCUCCAUCCCUGGGAUGGGUAUCCCUGAGCAGCUGAAGGCCGCCAUGGAGCAGGAGCAGAGCAAUAAAGAUGCAGCUCCAGAUGUGGAAAUGUCCAUCCCUGGUCUGGACUGGGGCAUGGAGGAGGUCAUGGGCCGAGACUCCAAGAAGGUCCCUCAGAAGAAGGUUCCUUAUGCCAAACCCAUCCCUGCGCAGUUUCAGCAGGCCUGGGCUGAGAACAAAGUUCCCAUGAUGCCUCCUGGAGAUUUACCCAAAGACCGAAAGCUGGAACAGAAGGUGGACAUGAAAAAGAAGACGCAGGCGGAGUUGGAGCAGGAGAUGGCUGCACUGCAGUACACCAACCCCAUACUGCUGGAGCAAAUGAAGAUGGACCGGAUACACCAAGAGGGAAAUGUCGGCCCCCCACAGGGACCAGGCUCAAUGCCCUACUCUGGCCCCGGGGGCCCCAUGCCUCCUGGCCAGCAGGGUUUUGCUCCUAACAUGGCCCCUCAGCAUAUGCCCAACAACAUGGGGACCCCCAUGGGCCCCGGUUUCAUGCAGCCUGGACAGAUGGGGCCGCCCUCUGGACCUCAGGGCCAUCAGGGGCCCUCUCAGGGCAUGAUGGGACCCUCAGACAUGCAAGGACAGAGACAUCCUGGCCCCCCAAGGAACAUGGGCCCUCAAGGGCCUCACGGCAUGGGACCUAGAGGGAUGCAGGGGCCCCCUGGAGGAAUGAUGGGGCCCCCACCUCGAGGAAUAGGCCCAAGGGACUCACAAGGGCCCCCACCUCAAGGGGGAAUGAUGCCCCCUCAGGGGAACAUAAUGGGCCCUCAGGGGUCUAUGCAGGGUGGAAUGAUGGGCCCUCCGACAAGGACACAUGGCAACAUGCCCACCAACUAUGGGAUGGGCAACAUGCAGGGCCCCCAAGGAGGAAUGCACUCUGGAAAUAUGCAGGGUCCCCCGAAUAACAUGCAGGGGCCCACAAAUAACAUGCAGGAGCCUCAUGGGAACAUGCAGGGGCCUCACGGAAAUAUGCAGGAGCCCCCCUACAUGCAGCACCAGGGGCAGAACUCGGGGCCCAUGAUGCAUGGGAUGGGCCAGCAAGGGCCCAACAGCAAAGCAGACCCUCGGGGGCCACCCCCAAGCCACCACAUGGGUCCUCCCAACCGGCAGGGACCUGGAGGACCAGAUCAAAGUUCUGGACCGUAUUGGGGGGACAACCAGCAGGGCCGCAGAGGACAGCAGGAGUUUGAGGGGGGGCAGGAUUACCAUGGCAGAGGAGAUGAUGGCUGGAGGACAGGUCCGGGAUAUCAGGGCAGAGGAGGUGGGGGCCACAGAGGCGGGGGCCACCGAGGGGGAGGACACAGAGGGGGCGGAAACGAAGGGAGCUGGGGACACGAAGACCGUUACGGAGGGGGAGACUUCCGAGGACGGCGGGACGAUAGGUUCAGAGGAGGGGGCCAGGGUCGGACUGGAGGUCAAGGUUACUCUGAUGAGUACGGCCAGGACGAAGGCUAUGAUGGUGGCGAAGAGAUCGGCCGGGGGUGGGACAACGGGGGCCGAGGGAGGCCACCACGAGGAGGGGGAGGUCAUGAUGGUUAUCGAGACGGGUCACAAAUGCACGACGGCUCGUCUCCCGCCGGCCGGGAGCGCUCCUCAUCCCUGCAGGGGAUGGACAUGGCCUCCCUGCCCCCUCGCAAGCGUCCAUGGCAGGAUGGGCCUGGAACGGGUGACCCGCGGGAGCGAGACUCCCCUGUCGCUGAUGGAGGUCGUCCCUCUGGCAGAGGUGGGAGGGGUGGAUGGGGUCCCGGUGGACCUGGUCCAGGAUCCAGAAGAGGAGGACCCCCUCCUAGAGGAGCACUGCGGGGUGGUGUGCGGGGCCGGUAGUUUUGACUGAAUACCCCUUCUCCUGUGACUCCCCCUCCUUUAGAUCCCAGAAUCCUUCAAAAACUUCCAGAUGGACUAUAGGUCAUGUGACCUGUCACAUGAUGCUUUGCAGCGGCUGGAGAGGCGUGUACAGAACUGGAGCCAUGUCUGUUUGCAGUUUUUUCUAACAGAUUUCUACGUGUUCGUGUCGUUCCCCAAGAUUCACACCUCCAGACUUUGAACCCCCCCCCACCACUUGACAGGAAGUGGGGAUCACAUGACACAAACAGGUGUUUCUUCAGUGGUGAAUAAAAUCGGUGACUCUGCUCUA